AUGGCGCAGAAGGCUAGAGUGUUGCUCGUGGGAGCUGGCGGUAUCGGGACAAUGACGGCACUGAAUCUCGAACGAGGAGGCCUAGCUGAGGUGACGGCCGUGUUGAGGUCGAACUACGCUGUCGUCAGGGACAAGGGCUUCACCAUCGACUCCUGCGACCACGGCAAAUUCGAAGGCUGGCGACCUACCAAGGUGCUGAAUAGCAUUCCUGACCUGUCUGGCUCCACGUCCCCAGAGGACUCAUUCGACUACAUCAUUUGCACGACGAAGAACAUCCCAGACGUGCCGCCGACUCUGGUCGACUUGAUCAAGCCCGCCGUGACGCCCGGCCACUCAGUCAUAGUGCUCAUCCAGAACGGAUUGAACAUCGAGAAGCCCUUGCUGACGGCGUUCCCCGGCAACAUCUGCCUAUCAGGGGUAUCGUUGAUGGGCGCCGAUGAGCUCAGUCCCGGUCACAUCCUGGAAAACGAUGUCGACAGGCUGUACAUCGGUCCGUUCUUGUCCGAGACCAUGGACAAGCAGAGGCAAAUCGAUGCCGCUGAGGAAUUUGUCAGGAUUUACUCGGCCUCAGGCAAGGUCCAGUGCUCGUACCAGCCCGACGUGCUGUUCGUCAGAUGGAGGAAGCUGAUGUACAACGCCGUGUGGAAUCCUAUCUGCGCGCUCACAGAUUUGGACACAACGCGGUUUCGACUUGCAUCCGAAGAUCAAGAUCCUGCAAGCCCGCUGAACCUGCUCGUCCGGCCCGCCAUGAACGAGAUACGUGCUGCGGCAAAGGCGGCCGCAAACGUGGAGCUGCCCGAGUCUCUAGUCGAAGAUAUGGUCGAGUGUGAUCCCAUAGAGAUAUUCUGCGCGCCGAGCAUGCAGCAGGACCGACGCAAGAAGAGGUACAUGGAGUUUGAAAACAUCCUCGGCGAGGCGUUGGGGGAAGGCGAGAAAGCGGGCGUCGCAAUGCCGACAGUGAAAUGUUUGUACGGGCUCUGCAAAGCCAUACAAUGGCGCACGAAGGAGCAGAACGGGCUGGUGGAUGCUCGGAAACUGAUGGAGGAGAGGAAGGCUAGGACGGGAAGCUGA